AUGGAGCAAGCAAGGGAUUGCUUACACCUGAAAAGAACUACUGAACAGCACCUGCCUGAGGUAGAAGUCCAGGUCAAAUGUAGAAGGACAGUCUUACUGAACGACCAGGAAUGUCACUUUUCCUCCAGAGUGUCCCAGUAGCAGCAAGUACCCAUAGAGGACUUCCACGCAGAACUGAGACAGGUCUUCUUACCUGACACACCAAGAGGUGGUGAAAGCAGUACUGGAAUGCCAAGGUGGUGGAAGACAAAGAAAGAGCCAUCCACUCUUUGUGAAACUUUGGUCAAGCUUACAUUGUGUCUAAGAGUCUGCAUCACACCUUUAUUGACAGCCCUCCCCCAAGUAUUCGGGAUCUUGAGAUUUUGCUGUUGA